ACACACGUCCUGACGUCAAACGUCUGCGCCGCUCUUUACCACGUGGGGACGUUUUUGCAGAGGUAGCAAAACAUCCGCAGUGACACUUCCCUGGCUGUCAGUGAGCGUGGAUAAAACUUUUUCUUUGUUUCUUAAUUAAAGGCAAAAUACUCUCAACAAAGAAGCGCGAAGGGUUAGCUACCAGCGUCACUUCUUCCAGACCAUGCCCCACGACCCCGACCCUCCUCCGGCUAAAAGGUUCAAGCCGGGGUCUGUUUUCUUCCGUCUCGAUAAGAAUAAGCCUGGAAUGCUGCUGCCUAGAAAGGGGAAUGCAACCACUCCGAUAGAAGUCCAGAGGAAACAGCUUCCUAUUUACCAGGCCAAACCUCAGCUACUGAAUCAACUGAGACAGCUGAACAACGCCAUCCUCAUUGGUAAGACAGACUCAGCACGAGCUAAAGGUGGCUAACACUGCUGAACCCUGAGCUCUCUAAGGGGAAGACACUGAGUAAACACAAGUAUGCUGGUAGCUCUGGAACAGUAAACUGCUCAGAUUUGGGUGGUGCAUGUAAACGGAUCUCUUGCCCUCUGCAAACCUCAAAUGACAUUAAAACUUGAGUUUAAUGGUAUCUAGAAAAAGUACAGAAGCUUCCACAUCUGUUCAUUUUUUAUCUUGUUCCACAGGCAGGACCACUUUCGUCAAAGAGUUUUAGUUAUUUACAUAGUUCUGUUUGAUGGUGCAGCUGUGGUGUGAGAUAGCUGAGGCAAUUCAGGAAGGGCUUGACCUGAUGGCCUGCCUGAACUAGCACUGUGCUAGUUUUGUUAAUCCUUUAAUAUAAAUAUUAUAUUUUCUUUUUAGUACUCUCUCUGUUUCAAACUUAACAUGGACCGUCUUAUUCAAACUUUGUCUCUAGAGAGGCACCGAUCCAUUUUUUUCCCAAUCCAAUCGGAUACCCAUACCUGGGCUGAGCAUAUCAGCAGUUACCCGAUACCGAUCCAAUACUACUGUUGAAUGAAUGAAUCAACUGUAUACCUUGCCCUGUGGGUGAAGGCAUCAGGCUUGACAAUAGCCUCGUUAAGAAAAAGGUAACAAAUCAACACAGAUAUAAAUUUAUUUAAUAUAAUUUAUUAACAAAUAACAAAUUGCACAUUAGCACACAGCAAAAAGAAGUAAGACUUCCAUGUAUUAAAAAAAUAGUUAAAACAACAACAACAAAAAUACUGGACCAGAACGCUGAAUCUGCAUCAUUCAUCAGAUAUCCAAUCCAGUUAAUUUGUCAAAAUCUGAGCCGAUAUCCAAUCCAAAUAUCGGAUUGGUGCAUCCCUAUUUGUCUCACACUCAAGUCCAGACCUGACAGGUGAAAUUAUUGGGGUUUGGGUCAGGACCUGACCUCUCAUCGAACUUCAGGGUCAUUUUUUAGACUUAUUUUCACUUACGGACAGUAUUAGUUGUAUAUUCUUAAUAAUGACUUUGUUUUUAAACUACUGUCAACCCCUUGGGAGAGUCAUCUGCAUUGUUGUCACUUUCUGUCUUGUUUAAUGGAGUUGACAGAUUUUUUUUUCAGGACUUAUUCAAAUUGUUGAUGCGACAAAUAAGUGACUACUGUAUCCAUUGGCAGUAAAAAAGGAAAAACGUUGGCAAAAUUCAGAAUUUAAAACAUUACAAACUCCAGCAUAAAGAUUUGCCUGAAUACCUUUGAAAAGGUUUGAAAUCAUGUGUCACCAAUCAAAAUUGAAACGCUCAACAUCAUAUACAGGAGUGAACAGACAUUAGACGGGACUAAGUGAUGCAAGAAAUCAAACCAGUUAAAGGGGCAGCAGCAACGAAGUAGCACAUUUUUCAAAUUAUAGGUUUUGGAAAUGAGUAAAGUAAUGUAACCUAAUCAAGAGGGUAAUUGUGUUACUUAUGGACCACAUUUAUCUAACCUGAUUGUCUGUCUCACUCUCUCUUUCAUCAGGGGAGACCGGCUCUGGGAAGACCACUCAGAUCCCUCAGUAUUUGUAUGAGGCUGGCAUCGGCAGAUCAGGCAUUGUCGCCAUCACUCAGCCUCGUCGAGUCGCUGCCAUUUCUCUGGCUGGAAGAGUGGCGGAGGAGAAGAGGACUCAGCUGGGCAAGCUGGUAUGAACCACUGACAGGCAUAAAUAAUCUGUUUUUACUUAAGGGUUCAAUUCAUCCUAAAAUGUUGUCAUAAAAACAAAGUACUGAUUUUACCAAAGGUUUUACCAGCUUGUGCAGUUUUACCUUUCUUACUGCAUUGCUAUCAUCAAAAGACUCUUACACUGCUGUUAAUAUACAAAUAUCUUUUGUAUUGCAUCAAUUUGAUUUGACAAGCUAGUGUACAUAACAGGUAAUUCAGAGAAGAGAUAUAACAUUUGGGCAAUGAAGUCAUCUAUGGCACAAACCCUGAUGUGUUUUUGGGGUUAAUUUUGAAGGAAAAUGUUGAUAAAGCACUGUCUCUGGGAAAGAUAAGGGUUAUGUAGUUGAGACACAAGUUCCUGUAACAUUUUAGGGACUGAGAAGGGGGGGAGGGGGACAUGGCAAUAAUGCAAGCAACUACUUUAACAUAACAAAUGUCUUAGCCGAAUUAAAAAGAAGAGACCAAGAAUUUAAAGGGAGUGAUACAAAACACAUCAGAUUUUUAUUUCAAGUGUUGGUAUCGACCCGAUUCUCAUGAUAAGUGCAAAUAAACCUUUUCCCCCGCGGGUCUGGCCUCUUUGAAACUAACAUCAUGGUAUCAGCUCAGUCCUUGAUCAGUGCUCAGCUGUUUGUAAUAAUUCAACAAACCUCUCUCCAGGUUGGUUACACGGUACGUUUUGAAGAUGUCACUUCUCCUGAGACAAAGCUGAAGUUCAUGACAGAUGGCAUGCUCUUACGUGAGGCCAUCGGAGACCCCUUACUGCUUCGCUACACCGUGGUCGUCCUGGACGAGGCUCAUGAGCGCACAGUGCACACUGAUGUCCUAUUUGGGGUGGUGAAGACGGCCCAGCGCCGACGCAGGGAGCUUAGUAAGAUCCCACUCAAGGUAAGGGGGCAGUUAGAGAGAUAGUUACCUUCUCUUGAAACACCCGUCUAGUAUUUCUCUGCAGGGGCUGUGCUCACUGUCAUCUGCUUUGAACCUUCGCAGGUGAUAGUGAUGUCAGCCACCAUGGAUGUGGAUCUGUUCUCUGAAUACUUUAACAAGUCACCUGUACUCUACCUGGAGGGUCGACAGCAUCCCAUUCAGAUCUACUACACCAAGCAGCCACAGUCAGAUUACCUGCAAGCAGCACUCGUCUCUGUCUUCCAGAUCCAUCAGGUACUUUUUCAUCCUUGUCCUCAAUAUUGGAGUAUUCAUUCAGGUUCUAGGAUACUGUCGUUUUUUUACCGAAUAUCCUUCCAAGUCAGAUGAAGGGAAGUCAAGUAAAACUAAUUUCUGUAACCUAUUUAAAACAUCCUUCAAAGUCAAACUGUUAACAGUUCAAGAGAAAAGAUAAGAAAGCUAGAACAUAUUUUAAUAAAGAGAUUAAACCUUCAGAUAAAACAUUACUGGCCUCUUAAAUAAGCUAGUUUCAGUUUUAUAUUAAAGUUUAAAUUUGUGUUUUGCACAGUCCACCUGCUCUGUGUAUUCUCAACAAUUAAUCUGGGCAUCAGCAACUCCCCUUGGGACUAAGACCCUAAGACAGGGUUACCGACUAAAAGCCUGUUUUAGUUCUGUUUCUUACGGCCCAGCAAGAGGUUUGAUCAGCACAAGGAUCAGCACUCUAUUAAAGCACAACUUCCACUUGCUUUGUCCCUGCCGUCUCUCUCUGUAACCAUAGACUAUAUAGAAUGGACAGAGUCUGCCUCCUUGCUGAGUGAAGCCACUCCGAGAACAGCACCCUGUAUAGGGUGCUGUAUAGGUCAUAAAUCCCGCCUCCGCCAGCAAAGCUUAUGGAGCUGUGGACAAACUUUAGAAAUUUAUUACACAGAACAUACAUUUUUCUCCCUCCUGAUUGUGAUGUUGACAUGUAGUUAUUGUAAGACUGUUUUUUUUCUGUGAAGCUCUGUUUUUAAAAGUUAUUAGGGGGUUCGUGUUUUCUAUGAUUGACACCUGAUACAGCCUAUGGGCGUUCAGGGAUUGCGUAGCUCACCCAUAGUUGUCCAUAGUAUAUACUGUCUAUGUCUGUAACAGAUCCCAGGUAACCUCUGUUUGAGUUCUCAGCACAAAACUGAUCACAGGUAAAAAUAAAUAAAUAAAAAAAUAAAAUUAGCAGUUUGAGAAAGUCUCUCUACUGAAAACAAGUUAUUCAGUUGCCUACAUUCUGGCCCCGGAUGCUGUGUGUAGUGCAACUUCCUGUUAUCUGGUCCAAAUGAGGACCCUUAGAUUUGAAUCACCUUUGUUUCUGCGAGUACCUGGAACCGUGUGCAGCUGCAUCAAACCUAAACUGUGAAACCAGAAUAGUUCAGGAUGAAUAUGUGGACCUUCAUACCUCUACUAGACAGCAGAAUUGAGAGGAAAUACGCAGGAACAGAAUUAUACAUUGAAUUAUUUAAAAAUUAAUGAGAGACAUCACAAAUAAAUCUCACAUUGGGCUGUUUUAAAAGCAAUUGAGGUGAUAGAGUUUUUCAGUGUUUGUCCUACACCCAGGUGGAGUCCCCAUAAACGGCUUCUAGUUUGUGUCAGUAAGUAGAGACUGAGCCUUUUUAAGACUCCUGAUAAAAGAUUAAUAUUUAAAGAUGUAAUAAAACAGCCAGAAGAAAUUUGAGGGUUUUUUUAUAUUUCUUGUCUGGAAGCACAUUGUGAAUGCUCAGCAGAGAUAAUGAUGCUUAAUCUAGUCGCAUAUAUACUUUGCCAUAUCUUCUACAAUCAUAGUCAGCUAUAUAUGGUGGCUGUUCAUGCAGAUAUGCUCAUCAUAGAGGAGCACAAUCUUGAUCUUUGUGAGAUGUACACACUCUCCUUAUUCCCAUCUAGUUGACUGCAAAGGACCAUGACACAUACAUUUGUUCUUAUGCAAUCAUUCAUAUAUUAAUCAAAGCUAAACAAAAAGACACAGACUCUCUUUCCCGUAGAGCUAUAGGAAACACAAACCUGUGAGUCAGUAUUUUCUGGGUGCGUGUUCAUGCUCUGCGAUGAUCACUCCUGACGCGAUAACAGAACACGGUCUUGUUGUUUGUGCACAGGAGGCACCUCCGUCCCAUGAUAUCUUAGUGUUCAUGACGGGUCAGGAGGAGAUCGAGGCUCUGGCCAGGACGUGUCGAGACAUCGCCAAGCACCUCCCUGACGGCUGCAGUCCCAUGGUGGUUAUACCUCUGUACGCAUCACUGCCCCCGCUGCAGCAGCUCCGGGUCUUCCAGCCAGCUCCAAAGGUACACACAAACUAAAGUGAGAAGUGAACAGAGGUUUGUUUGUAAGGAAAAUAGCCACAAACGUGAGAUUCCUGUUAUUUCAUACUGUAUACGUCACACAAGCUCACAUGUACUUCAACUUUUUACAGGGGUGUAGGAAGGUCAUCCUCUCAACCAACAUUGCUGAGACCUCAGUCACAAUCUCUGGGAUUAAAUACGUCAUAGACACAGGGAUGGUGAAGGCCAAACGUUUCAACCCUGGUGAGGAAAUUCUAGAAUCAGCGAAGUCUGCCAUUAUACUAACAAUGCUGUAGUCAUGUCUGCGGUUCUCAACCUUUUUCAACAUUUAACACCUCUAAAUGUUCUUUCUAGCCAGUUAACCCCUGACCCAGUGCUAAUAUUUUGGGAGAGAUUACCUAAAUCACUGAUCAGGCAUUGUGAUCAAAUAUGGAUUAAAGGAAAUGUAAAAACAGUUGUCAUCAUACUUGGACAGCCGUGUUGGAGACCCUGUAUAAUAUUAAUUGUGGUUUAUUUACCUUACAUUGACAUUUUUAGUCAGCUUACUAUAGAGAUGAUUUGUUUUGAAAUCAAGACUGAAAAAAACAGUUUCCUUCAAAAAAACUUCAACCCCCCCUUCAGAUAACCGAAGUACUUGAGGAGUUUGAGAAAUGGUUUCAAAAUGAUAACUGACUAUCUGAGGAUUUCUGAUUUUAUAACUGUGAAGGAUCAGAAUUUUUGUACCACUAUGAAUAUUAAAGAGUAUCGUCUACUACUAACAGUAGCUUGUAAAAAUGUAUAAAUUACAGCUUUUUUCUAAAGAAUUCAGCUUUUAAAAUUUAUACAAUGAACCAGCUAUAACUCUACUAAUGAGUUAAUUAACUGACUAUGCCCUAGUUUUGACAUGUUUGAGGUUCCCGUCUACUUCCCUCUACUUGACUGUAACAAAUCCCUUUUAAUUAAAUCGUUAAUGUCAUUACAGCAAAAAUACGCUUUGUGGAAAAACAGGCUGUUGUGGUCUUUGUUCUGUUAUUUUGCUCUCUUUGUAUUAAACGCUCCUCAUACUCCUCUCAGACAGCGGGCUGGAGGUUCUGGCCGUGCAGCGGGUCUCUAAAGCUCAGGCGUGGCAGCGAGCGGGUCGAGCCGGCAGGGAGGACUCGGGCUCCUGCUACCGUCUCUACACCGAACAAGAAUUUGACAACCUCAUCCCCAUGACUGUGCCUGAGAUCCAGAGGUAAAGAAGCUUCCUCUUUGUCCUCUUACAGAUAGUAAAGCUCAGCGUGACUGCAGUGUACAGGAAUCCUCUGCAGGUUGAUUUAUUGAGGUCAAGAUGAUUGAACGGCCUGCGCUUCUUCAUGUUUUCCUGUACUGCGUGUGUGUAUGCGUCUCUAUCUAUAGGUGUAAUUUGGCCGGGGUAAUGCUGCAGCUGAUGGCUCUGGGGAUUCCAGAUGUGAUGAAUUUCGAUUUCAUGUCCAAGCCCUCUCCAGGUAAGAGGCUGCUGAUCAUUUUACAGAGAUAUGGAUCCAGCCAGCGGGGAAACAGGGCCUGCUCAGUUAGAUGUCUUAUUACUCUUAAUCCACCUUUGCAUUUUCCUUAUUACCUUAGUUACAGGUCUGAUUUAUAAUAAUAAUAAUGUUUAGACAGUAUGAUGAGGGGUAUUUCCACUUGAUUGCAUUCUUAAAAAAUGCAGGAAGAAUGAUCAUAUCUCUUUUUACAUUUCAUUUUUUAAACAUUAUUUUUGGGCUAUUUGACAUUUAUUUUACUUGAUCACAAGUAAUUACAAGUAAUCAGUAAAUCAUCCACUUAAUUGGUAAGAGUUUGGGGUCUUCUAAUAAACAUAAUCACUAUUAUACACUAUCCUGCACUUUACCGCACUACCAACUGAUUCAGCCAGGCCUUUAACUUAGCCAGAGCUCAAACCAUUUGACCUUUCUUUGCUGCCAUCUGUCCAGCCAUUAACCACAAUUACUAGGGAGGCACAACUAAAGUUAUUUGCCGUUUGCUGUUAUCACAUGUGCUGAUGUGUUCAAACUCAUUUUAGCAAAAUAUACAAACUUUUUUUCUGUCUUUCUAAUUUUUAAUCAUUUUAAAAGAGAUCCAAAGCUUUUCUCAUCGUUCAUGAAUCAGAUGGCAAAACAAGAUAGUAUCUGAUAGUAGCAGAAAUGAUAAAUGUUUUCGUCAAAUGUAGACAUGCAGGGAUUUGUCUGCUGUCUGUGUCAGACACGUCAAAAUGCUUUUUAGUAGCUGACAUGUUGGUGAUGCUUUUAAGCAGUUAUUCUGUGUACAUACGUUAUUCAUGGGUCUUAAGGAUUUUUCUCAUCUGCUUUUAUUGAUAAAUAACUUUUUAUGCCUUUAUUUUCCCAUACCAAGAUUAUGCCAAUAGUGUGCAUCCUCUCAAAAAAGAGCAAUUAUUUGCUGUACAGAAAAUGGACUGAGAGACAAAGAGAGAAUGAAACCUCAGCAAGAUGAUCGUCUAGAUGCAGUGCUAAAAUUUGUCCAAAAGUCUUAGUAACACCUACAAUGUUGAUGUUAUGCAUACAAAUGAAAAAUUAAGCAGCACUUAAUGUGAGGUUGAGGUCUGUAAGUGGAAGGUUUCAGUCAGUGUGAGGCUGAGGGGGGAAAAAAAGGCUCAUUUUCCUCAUUUUACUGCCUCCAUUUGUCAAUAAAGUCUGUUUUAAUGUGUUUGAGAAGUGCUGUGGAGAUAGAGCUGCAGUAAAAUUCUCAGAGUGAAUAAAGAUAAAGCCCUUAUAUGUCUGUAAAGUGUGUGAGUACACAACUGUCUGCACACUUCUUUUUGAUAUUUACUGCACACUCAGCAAGUUAGGAUGAUUGGCGUUCUAUGAAGUAGCUAAUCCGAGGGAGAUCAUUCAUCUGCAUUUGAUGAAAGUGUUGUUUUUGUAAGAAGAAGCUAACAUUUGCCCAACAACUGGAAUAAGAAGAUAGUCUUAACUCAGUAGAGUCCACUCUCUCCACUGAGUCCAUGCAAACACACACUCAUGUGGUGCAGAGACCCUGAUACAGACCCUGAGCUCUGUUCUCUCUCAUCAUAUUGCUUGCACUGUUUUAAAACUGAAAGGUUAGGCAUUAUAAAAUCUAUACUCAGAGGAAAUCAAAGCAUUUGAGUUGUGUGCUGAUGCUUUUGGAAAGCUGUGCUCCCAGCAGUGUUGGUCGCUGGUAUUAACCUGUUGUGUUGAUACCAGAGGCCGUCCGCUCAGCUGUGGAGCAUUUAGAGCUGCUGGGGGCUGUGGAGAGAAAGGAAGGCCAGGUCCUCCUCACCGCUCUGGGAAAGAAGAUGGCCAGCUUUCCUCUGGAGCCCAGAUACGCCAAGGUAAGAAGUGUUUGGGAAUGCAUACUAUUACAUAAGCUGAUGCUGCGUUGUGCUGCUUUUACAUAAUGUGACAGUCUGGAGCACCACAGGGGUCACAGGCACAACCCCGAGAGAAUUUGGUGUAACACUUUCCCCCUUCAUCUCACAGACCAUCCUCCUCUCCCCUGAAUUCUCCUGCUCGGAGGAGAUUCUCAGCAUCGUAUCUCUGCUCUCAGUGGACACUGUGCUGUAUAACCCUCCUGCCCGGCGGGAUGAGGUGCUCGCUGCACGCAAGAAGUUCAGCUCCAGCGAAGGAGACCACAUGACGCUGCUCAACAUUUACAGGGCAUUCAAGAAAGUUGGCGGCAAUAAGGUGAGUAAAGGUCAAGACAAUGGGAACAAAUAGACAUGACCAAGCAAUGAAUACAAAUAUAAUCCUGUUUUUUUGUCUUCGAAGGAGUGGUGUCGAGAAAACUUUGUCAACAGCAGGAACAUGGGUCUGGUGAAAGAAGUCCAGGCUCAACUGAGAGAUAUCUGCCUUAAGGUACAAAUCCAAAAAUACCUCAAUCACCAGAUUCAGUUUAUACACGAGGUUCUUCCUCUUGAAGUAGUUUUUAAAGAAGGAAAAUCACAGCUAUUAUGAGCCUAUAAAAAGAAACGUGGCUGCUGUUAUCUCGUUUCAUCAAAGCGUUUUUCAAAGUUUGGUCUGACUUUAUUUUUAUAAUUACAGUUACAUAACAGACUGCUGUGUCUGGACUGUGGUCAGGAAGCAUAGGAAGACUCCUCCGUUGCUCAAGGCUAUAGCUUUGUUAUACAGUAAUAUUUUUCUGUGGCAUUAUGCUUUAUCAGAGCAUGAGAAGACCGAGAGUAGAGAUAACAAAGCAGGCAUGCAGGAAGAAAGGCUGAAAUCAAGAAAAUCAAGGAUUUCUUGAUCUAUUUUAUGCAUUUUACUACAUUUAUAAAAAUAGUCUCUUUAAGUGAGGAAGAGUAAAAGGAGUGCAAUGCUAAAUUGGCAGAGCAGAGACUUUUUGAACACCUGAGCUCCUGGUGACCCCUCUGCACAACAUGCAUACCUAACAUAAGGCAUGCAUGUUGCAUCAUGGUAAGCAGUAGCGACUGCAGGGACACCAAGUGAGUGGCAGAAAGCACACAUAACCAGGUCAGGAGCAUGUUCUGUUCAGAGUUUGAGCUUCAGUUCAGCUGAAAACUGCCAUCUCAUCAUAAAUUACCUAUUUAUAGAAAUGCCUGUAUUAAUUCCAUGAACAAGGCCAUGUAGUGAGAGUAACACACAUACAGUGCAUCCAGAAAGUAUUCAUACCACUUCACUUUUUCCACAUUUUGUUAUGUUACAGCCUUAUUCCAAAAUGGAUUAAAUUCCUUUUUUCCCUCAAAAAUUCUACACAAAAUAUCCCAUAAUGACAAAGCGAAAAACUUUUUUUAGAACAUUUUGCAAAUUUAUUAAAAAUAAGACACUCAAAUGUUGAAUAUACAUAAGUAUUUACACCCUUUGCUAUAAAACUCAAAAUUGAGCUCAGGUGCAUCCUGUUUCCACUUAUCAGCCUUGAAAUGUUCCUCCAACUUGAUUGCAGUCCACCUGUGGCAAAUUCAGCUGAUUGGACAUCAUUUGGAAAGCCACACCUGUCUAUAUAAGGUCCCACAGCUGACAGAGCACGUCAGAGCACAAACCAAGCCAUGAAAUCGAAAGAAUUGUCUGUAGACCUCCGAAACAGGGUUGUAUUGGCGCACAGAUCUGGGGAAGGUUACAGAAAAAUAUCUGCUGCAUUGAAGAUCCCAAAAAGCACAGUGGAAGACGUUUGGAACCACCAGGACUCUUCUUAGAGCUCCAGCGUUCCUCUGAGGAGAUGGGAGAACCCUACAGAAGGACCACCAUCUCUGCAGCACUCCACCAGUCAGGCAUUUAUGGUAGAGUGGCCAGACAGAAGCCACUCCUCAGUAAAAAGCACAUGAAAUGAAGAUCGAACUCUUUAGCCUGAAUGCCAAGCAUCAUGUCUGGAGGAAACCAGGGACCGCUCAAAUCAAAUCAAAUUUUUUAUGAAGCACUUUUAUAACAACCAUCGUUGACUAAAGUGCUGCAGAAUAAAUUGUUCUUAAACAAGAAGUAAGCAAAACAUAAGAAAGCUAAAAACCAACAAUGACAAAUAGUUUGAAGAAAGAAAAGAGAUGGAUAUUGAAAAGUUCUGUGUUGACUGUUAAACCUGACGUUUUAUACAAACAGAUGCGGCUGAAAAGUAUCUGAGCCAGCUUUACUUUUCACUAUUGAACCAAACAAGUCCACCAUUUCAUCACACUGCAAUGUUUUUCUAUUCGCGUUUAGGCGUGACAGUUGAUCACACGUUGAACUCCUACUUACUACAUCACACAGCUGUCUAAUCCUGCUGGUGUCAAGAGGCUGAAGACCAGCUUGACUCCACACCAGUUUGUACAUCUCGCUGAAUGUGUGCUCUUAAAGUUGUGCAACUGAAUUUACUUGUACUUAUAUUCAUCAAGUUCCCUGCUUUAAGUUAUCUGAAGCCAGUCUGCUCCCUUUUAUCUGCACCCAUUCACAGCUGUAUUUCUUUGAUAUUUACUUUACUUAAAGUGUGAGGUGAUGCAAAACGACCAAGACAAUCCACCCCCAGCAGCUGAGUGGUGGUAUUUUUGUUUUUGUGAUUAAAAGUAUAGACUGCAGCCUGUUUGAAGGAAUAAAUCAAGUGUCCUGCUCUUGUUUUAACAGCUAAAUUUAAAACUGGAGUCAUGUGGGGCGGACACAGGGAAUGUACGCCGCUGCCUUGCUCAUGGGAUGUUUGUCAAUGCGGCAGAGCUUCAACCUGAUGGCAGCUACAUAGCUCUGGACACCCACCAGCCUGUGGCCAUCCACCCCUCGUCUGUCCUUUUCCAGGCCAAACCAGCUUAUGUCAUCUUCAAUGAGCUGCUGCACACAUCCCGCUGCUACAUGAGAGACCUGUGUUUGGUGGACGCUGACUGGCUGCUGGACGCAGCGCCAGAAUACUUUGGACGCAAACUCCACCUAACCAAGAGCUAACCGAGAGUGAGACUGGACUGACGUCAAACUCUGCAAGGACAAAUCACCAAGAGACGAAUUAAAAAACUGGAAAAUGUAUUCUGAAUUUGGAUGAAGACUCUUAAUUUUAAACAAGUGCAAAUCACACCUGAACACUUUCUGCACAGUUAACUUCUCUGGAUCUCACUACCUCUCAGCUGACAAGCUUUUGGCAUGUGUCACUGCAGCAGAAAUCUGCAACUUGAGGCCUCACAACUUUCACAUUUUAUAAAGUAUCUCUCUUCUGCCUGACAGUAUUUUGUCUUGAAAUUUUGUGGCCUGUUUAACACCUUAAAAAACAGUCUUUUUGACAUGUCAUGCAUCAAUUUUCUCAACAUUUGCAUGUAUUUUAACGCCGCGGAUGAAGUCACAGACUUCAAAUAAGCAUAGUUUCAGGCUGAUAUUAGUUAUAUUUAUUCUUAGAACUCAAAUCAGGCAUGCUACAGUAACAUUCCUCCCUAUAUUGAUUUAAAGGAAGAAACUUGAUUUUAAAGCUACACAGAUGAGCAAACUAUAGUAGAAGCUGUAGUUGUUAACUAUCCAAUUCACGUUCUCUGAAUGGACCUUAGAAAAGCAGCCUUGAUUAUUAGCAAAUGUAGGUUUUUUUGGUUAAUACACAGUAGUGUUUUUAUAUGAAAGGACAGUAAAUUUGUCUUAAUCCAUGAAAAAAAAAAAUAUUUAAAAAACAAGAAUCACAAAAGCCAGUGUAAAAAUGAUGGUUUACAUGUUACAGUGACAUGGUUUCACUUUAAAAGUUUCUUUACUCAUCUCGUUUGCCUGUGCAUGCCUUUUUUCACGUCUAUGAUUGUAACACCAGGUCCUAGUACAUGCAUAUCAGGAGAAGUCGCAUGCAUUACUCUCCAGGUUUUACUCUUCGCUGUUGUAUGUUAUUCAGUCACUACACAGACCGACCAUCAAUGUAUGCUGAUGACAAACGUAUGCAAUGCACGCAGAUAAGAGUAAAUGAUCUGACCUCUCAGGUCUUUCAUAUUUUGUAGAUUCAAUACCACACAGAUGACUAAGGUUAUUGCUCCUCUGUUUUUUUUACACUUGACUCAGGAUUGUACAAUACUUAAUGUAACCUGAAUAAAUUACAUAAAGAAUUUAUAACUUUUGAAAACACCAAAAACAUUUGCUGUUGAGGAAUGUCACACUUUAUUACAAAAUGGUUGUAUGUUCAGCGUUUGGAUCUCUUAGCUAUGAUACUGCACAUGAUCUUUAUGAGUUGUUUUGUAUUUUAUUGUAAAAAUAGUACACCAUUAGAGAUCUGCAUGUCAUGAAAUUUGGAUAAUGAAACACACGCCUUUAAAUACAUUUAGUUUAAAUAUACUCUCUUUGAUUUGUAGAAAUUCUUACAUAACCAGUAUUGGUCAAAUUUUAAUAAAAGCUAUUCACUAUCCUUCAGUUUAAGUAGGUACUUACAUAGAAAACAAAGCCAAAUGGGGGUAAAAAAAAACUUUGAUUUCUUUUACAGUCUUGUAGAGUAGAUAAGGUAGACGGAUGUAGUGUUUGUAAGUUAGUUAGGUUAACUGUUAAGAAAAUAAUUAACUGAUCUGUUUUAUUAAUAAUACCUUGGAAAUAAAUGUUCCUCAUUAUCUUCAUUUCCCUUAAGUGGGCACAGACAGAUGCUGUUAUUUUUGAUAGUUUUCCAACCAUUGUGAGGUAGUCUAAAAAAAUACACAGCCUACCCUGUAAUACUGAAAUAAAUGUGCUUAUUUAUAA